CCCCCAAACAAUAACAACAAAGAUGGCGGCGACGGGCGGCGGACACUACUCCAAGUUCUACCCUCACUUCGCCGCUUUUCGCCACAAUAUAAGAAGAUGGCGGCAUCCCGGAGGUGCGCUGCUCGGGAUAAACAUCCUCUCCGUCUUCGGGAACCCGGACUCCAUCGACCGAGACGUCCGGACGGUGAAGGAGGCGAAGGUUCCCACGGACGAGACCGGGUGGGACCGACUACGGCUCAUGUUCACCUACGACGAGUAUGGCGAGAUGAGUCCCGAGCUCAGCAUGGUAGUACAAGGCGCUUUAAUGGGAACAUUUACAGGGACAAUCAUAGGUGGCACAAUUCACUCUCGAGAUAACUACAUGCGGUUCAUCGAAAAAAAUCAAGCUACUGCAUUCCAGAAUCAUUUUGAAGCCAAAAAGCAACUUCAGGAUAAGGUUACUUUGGGAUUUGCCCGUGGUGCAUGGAUGUGGGGAUGGAGAUUAGGUUUAUUUUGUGGUUCAUUCACAUUAUGCACUACUGUAAUAUCAGUGUAUAGAGGAAAGUCUUCAGUUCUUGAAUAUGCUGCAGCUGGAGGCAUUACUGGAGCACUGUACAAGUUUAAACAAGGUCCUCGUGCUACAAUUGCUGGUGGCAUAAUCGGCAGCGCCUUAGGAUCUAUUGCUGGCUGUGUCUCUGUGGGUCUUAUGUACCUGACAGGGACUUCCAUGGAAGACGUACGAUACUGGCAACACAAAUGGAAGGAAGAAUAUCAGGAAAAGAAACUAGAAGCUCUUAGAAAAGCACGAUCUGAGGACUUGGACUCGCUCAGUCGUGGUCAUGAUCAAAAGGCUGGAUCAAUGUCGUUAGAAAAUAUUAGUGAGAAUAAAAGCCAAUAGAGUUUGUGAUGACACAUUGUAGAAAUAUUGAUAACCAUCUAGGCUUACCUGUAUAUGAAAUGUACACAAUAGAAAAAAAAAAA